UAAAAGGCGUGACAACUUGUCUCAGUGUUCUAUUUUCUAUAUUUGCAACCUACUUCCAAGACCCAAGUAAUCAUCGGUACAGUGCAAUAGAUGUAGGCUACACUCGUCACCUCUAUAAGCUCGCGCCCGUUUUCCGUUGACACGCGCGCUCGACACAGAGACACGUUCUCUUCUUGUGGCCAAUCCCACCAUCAGCUGUCAGGCGGAUUACCUCAAGCCUGGAGUCGCUUAAUGCCUGUUUCGCGAAUGGUGGUGCUGGUGAGAAGGGAGCAAUCUAAUGUGAGCGACAUUUAGUCCUAGUAACCGACAGCACCAGCAUCGUCAUCUGUGGUUCAGACCGAAGCCUUGAGGAUCCUCAAGCAUGUCAGGAGGCAAACACAGAGGAAGCACAAAUCGCUGAAGUCGCAGCAGCAGCAGCAGCACCACGCCUUCCGCGAUAUUCCGAGCCUGCAGCUGGUGCUCUGGCGUCGGAUGGAGUAGACAUCGCGGAUCCGAACUCCAGGAUCCAUAAUGCCCGUUAGUCAAGCCUGACACCACCGAGAUGCUGCCGGGCUCUAUUCAGAUAACUGGAGAGGCGCUGUCCGGUGCUGAAAUCAAAGACAUAUGCGACAGCCUGAAGGAGAACAGUGUGCGGCUGCUGUCCGUGCGCGGCUGUCAGCUGUCCGACCGGGACUUCGGCCGCGUGUGUCGCGGCGUGGCGGAGUCGCACUCUCUCGCACAACUCAACCUGAACCUCGGCGUGGUGUCCACCAUCGGCCGGACCAAACAUCUGGCAGAUGCUCUGAAGGCCAACAGAUCCAUCCAAACCCUCUUUCUCCACGGAAGUCCACUUUUAGAUGCAGGACUGGUCACCCUGAACGGAGCCCUGUCCACUCACCCCUCACUGGUGUCCUUGGAUUUGGGGGACUGCAUGCUGGGAGAUGAGGCCGUUCGUCUCAUUUGUGGCAUGCUUCCUCCGGAUGGAGCCAAAUCAGGGCUUAAGGAGCUUACACUGAGUGCCAACCCAGCCAUCAGCAGCCAGGGUUGGGCUCGACUGGCCAUCGCUGUGGCUCACAGCUCACAGUUACGGGUCCUCAACCUUGACUACAAUCCCUUAGGGGAUCACAUCGCUGGGAUGUUGGCUGUCUCUGUCGCAUCCAGUCGAACUCUUGAAGUUCUGGACCUGGAGGGAACCGGCCUCACCAAUCAAUCAGCACAGAUCUUCCUAGACAUGGUGGAGAACUACCCCACCAGCCUGCGUGUCCUGGUUCUAGCCGAGAACGACAUCAGUCCUGAGCUGCAGCAGCAGAUCUCGGAUCUCCUCUCUGAGGGCGAGGAGGAGGAGGAUAAGGACGGAGAGGCCCGCGGCAGCUCGGUGAACCCCCGGGAGAAACCCGCUUGGGUUCCCCACAGCAUAACUGGUUCUAAGAGGCUGGGGCAAAAGGGAAGUACAGAAAUUCACAUUUCUCAUGCAUUACUUAGGAGAGAUCAUUUGCUACUUAGGAAAUAGAAAUUUGAAUUUCUUAUAAUGGCCAAGUUGUGAGUUCUCUGUCCUGUAUGUACUAAAGUCUUUAGACUUAGAGAUUGUUAUUAGUAAAGAUACAUUUUAAUGGAAGAGUUCAGCCAAAAAUGAUCAUUCUGUCAUCGCUCAACUUCCUGCAGCUCCAAACCUAUAUAACUUUUUGCGCAAAAGGUGAAUUUUGGAAGCAUAUCCUGACCAGUCCUUUCCAUACAAUAAAAGUUAAUAGGCACUGGAGAUGUCAAGCUCCAUAAUGACAAAAAAAACACCUUAAAAGUAUCAAAAAAGUACUUCAUAUCAGUAUAAUCAAUGGUGUCGAUGCCCCAUUUUUUAGUCCACAAGACUUUUAUAGUACAUUUCAGAGCUUGGGAGAGAUGAUUUUCAGAAGAAAAGCUGAUUUUUUUUUUUCAUUACUGAGUUGAUAUAUAGUACACAAGUUGCAGGGACUAUUUUUGUGGUACUUGUGUUUUUUUGUCAUUUUGGAGCCUGAAGACCCAGUCCCCUCUCAUUUCCAUUAUUGUACACUACUGUUCAAAAGCUUGGGGUCAGUAAGAUUUUUUUUAAAAGAAAUUAAUAUGUUUAUUCAGAAAGGACGCAUUAAACUGAUCAAAAGUGACAGUUACAGUAAAUACUUCAGUAAGAUGCUGUUUUUUUUUUCACUUUCGAUUCAUCAAAGAAUCCUGAAAAAAGUAUUAAUGUAUAAUGGUUUCCACAAAAACAUUAAGCAGCUCAACUGUUUCAACAUUGAUAAUAAUCAGAAAUGUUUC